CUCUUCACCCCCUCCUCUCUCUCUCUCUCUCUCUCUCUCUCUCUCUCUGCGUUUCGCGGCUCCGAGAAAUGGCGAUCGCGGCGUGCUCAGCCACCCUCUUCGUCCCCGGCGGAGCUCGUUCUAAGAACUACAAUGUUCAUCCAGGCAAGACUAAAGAAUCAGGUGCAUUUCCAUCUCAAUUAGCCAUUCGCCAGAAGUCAAAGCAGAUGGAUGGCCGUCGAAACUUGUCCGUCUGUGCUGAGUACAGAGAUGGUUCCAGAGGCGGAGGUGGUGAUUUCCUCGCUGGCUUCGUCUUAGGAGGAGCGAUCUUCGGAACGUUAGCUUACGUCUUCGCCCCACAGAUUCGGAGAUCGUUGUUGAGUGAAGACGAUAAUGGGUUCCGGAGAGCCAAGAGGCCCAUCUACUACUACGACGAGGGUCUCGAGAAGACUCGUCAGACGCUGAACGAGAAGAUACGGCAGCUGAAUUCCGCCAUCGACAACGUCUCCUCUCGCUUGAGGGGGGGAAACAGCACGGCGGCGAAGGAUCCCGUAGAGGUGGACUCCGAGGUGGAGACGAGCAUGUAGAGAGCUGCAGAAGCCAUUUCUCCUUUUAGAUUUGUAAAUGUCUUGUCUCGGCUCUCUGUAUCACCGUGAUCUGCUGCUCUCUCUCUCUCUCUCUCUCUCUCUCUCUCUCUCUCUCUCUCUCUCAUGUUAUAAUCCCUCAAUGGAGUUUCCCAAUUUGGAAAAGUUCUUUUCUUUUCCUUUUUCUGUUUGUAGAAGAAUCAUUCAAGCUGCCAGCUCAACCUUAAAUUGGUGAAUCAGUUCGGUUUUAAUUGUCAAAA